GUUUAUACUGUACACUUGAAGUUGAUUCCUUUGGCUAUUUUGUCAGUAAAGCAAAGACCAGAGUUUUCAGGGACACAACAGAGCCACACUGGAAUGAGGAGUUUGAGAUCGAGUUGGAAGGCUCCCAGACAUUGCGGAUCCUUUGUUAUGAGAAGUUGUUCGACAAAAUCAAACUCAAUAAAGACGACAAUGAAAUUGUGGAUAAAAUCAUGGGCAAGGGGCAGAUACAGGUGAGCGUUGUUCCAUAUCACAGUGACAGCAGGCUUGGCAGGGACUGAAUGGCCACAUCUUGC